UGCGGGACCUGCGGAGCCCGGCGAUCCCUUACCUUCCUGAGGCAGCCUGCGUCGACCGUUUCUGCUGUACCCCACUCUCCGCGCCGGAGAUGGGGAGCCGCGCCCGUCCCGACAUUAGACUCAAGAGUUCUGGAGAAGGCGCGACGGAGUCCCCCGACGAAUCCGGGUUGCUGUCUCCUCUCGUUCUGUUAAAAUCAGUGGGUAUCCGUCCCGUUGGGAAGUUGAGAUCGUUUGGUAGGUCCAGUAUGCUGAUUGGGACUGCGAGCUCUGUGUGUUGCAUUUACCUUUGGAGUUAACGAGAUUCACCUGUCACCAGCACUGGGACAGCUUUGAGUGUGUACUUAAAAGAAAAGCUGUUUUUUCCCUCUUUUCAUCUUGGGUGACGUCGAUAAAUGUCUUCUUUCUCAACAGGGGAACUGCCCUCUAGGGAGACGUUCCCUGCCUGGGGUUUCCUUUUAUCAGGGACCAGGUUACCCUGACAGCAGGAAGAUUGCCAUUAACAACAGUAGUGUCUUCAAUGUUCGCUUCUUCAGAACUACAGCUGUGUGCAGAUGAAGUGGUUACAGUCAAAACCCCAGCAUUUGCAGAAUCAGUCACAGAGGGAGAUGUUAGGUGGGAGAAAGCUGUUGGAGACACAGUUGCAGAAGAUGAAGUGGUUUGUGAGAUUGAAACUGACAAGACAUCUGUGCAGGUUCCAUCACCAGCAAAUGGCGUGAUUGAAGCUCUUUUGGUACCUGAUGGGGGAAAAGUCGAAGGAGGCACUCCUCUUUUCACACUCAGGAAAACUGGUGCUGCUCCUGCUAAGGCCAAGCCAGUUGAAGCUCCUGCUGCUGUAGCCCCAAAAGCAGAGCCUAUAGCAGCUCCUCCUCCCCCUGCAGCACCCAUACCCACUCAGAUGCCACCAGUGCCCUCCCCCUCACAGCCUCCUUCUAGCAAACCAGUGUCUGCAGUAAAACCCUCUGCAGUCCCUCCACUAGCUGAGCCAGGAGCUGGCAAAGGUCUGCGUUCAGAACAUCGGGAAAGAAUGAACAGGAUGCGACAGCGCAUUGCUCAGCGUCUGAAGGAGGCCCAGAAUACAUGUGCAAUGUUGACUACUUUCAACGAGAUUGACAUGAGUAACAUCCAGGAGAUGAGGGCUCGGCACAAAGAUGCUUUUCUGAAGAAACAUAACUUCAAAUUAGGCUUUAUGUCGGCAUUUGUGAAGGCCUCAGCCUUUGCCUUGCAGGAGCAGCCUGUUGUAAAUGCAGUGAUUGACGAUGCAAGCAAGGAGGUGGUGUAUAGGGAUUAUAUUGACAUCAGUGUUGCAGUGGCCACCCCACGGGGUCUGGUAGUUCCUGUCAUCAGGAAUGUGGAAGCUAUGAAUUAUGCAGAUAUUGAACGAACCAUCAAUGAACUGGGAGAGAAGGCACGAAAGAAUGAACUUGCCAUUGAAGAUAUGGAUGGUGGUACUUUCACCAUUAGCAAUGGAGGUGUUUUUGGCUCACUGUUUGGAACACCCAUUAUUAACCCCCCUCAGUCUGCCAUCCUGGGCAUGCAUGGCAUCUUUGACAGGCCAGUGGCUGUGGGAGGCAAGGUGGAGGUGCGGCCCAUGAUGUAUGUGGCACUGACUUACGAUCACCGGCUGAUUGAUGGCAGAGAGGCUGUGAUUUUCCUCCGCAAAAUCAAGGCAGCAGUAGAGGAUCCCAGAGUCCUCCUCCUGGACCUUUAGGAGGAAGCCACAUGCCCUACAAAUUGACCAUGCAGGAACUGAAAACCAGUCUUCUCCCCGUCCCCUCGAGGGUCCUGGGUUAGCCUGGUGACGGGCAGACAUAUGCUGUUGGCCUCAAGCAAGGAAGCCAGGGCACUACGUAACCAGCAGUCACAGGUCUUUUCUUGGUGUUCCUGCCAGGCUCUCUCCCUCUCUGCACCCAUCUCUUACCCGCGAAUAUCUUAUUUCUUUAAGCUUGAGAGAGAAAGAGAGCCUUAAUGGAUGCUCAUUAAUAUUCCUGCCUUUUUUCCAUCAGCCCU